AUGGGUCAGAGUGUAUCGUGGCUGUCCAGUUUGCUCUGGGCGAAGAAGGAGAUAAGAAUCCUUAUCCUAGGUCUUAUAGGCGAAGUGGUAACGACGAUCCCGACGAUCGGGUUCAACGUGGAAUCGGUAACGUACAAGAACCUGAACUUCAACGUGUGGGACCUGGGCGGGCAGACGUCGAUCCGGCCGUACUGGCGGUGCUACUACGCGAACACGGCGGCGGUGAUCUUCGUCGUCGACAGCACGGACAUCGAGCGCCUACAGACCGCCGCCGAGGAGCUCGCCGCCAUGCUCAACGAGGACGAACUCCGGGACGCCGCCCUCCUCGUCUUCGCCAACAAGCAGGACCAGCCCGGCGCCAAGGGUGCGGGGGAGAUCUCCGAGGCCCUCCGCCUCGGCGAGCUGCGGGAUCGCAACUGGAGCAUCGUUGCGUGCUCGGCCGUCGAUGGGAGCGGUGUCAAUGAAGGCAUGGAUUGGCUGGUGCAAACCGUGUCACAGGACUAA